AUGACCGAUAACACAGCUGUAAGAAGACGUUAUGAAAAAAGCUUCACGGAGAGACCAGGAUUUACAGAAGAUGAAAUUGAAGAAAUAAGAGAAGCCUUCAACUUGUUAGAUACAGAUGGAACAGGUACCAUUGAUCCUAAGGAGAUAAAAUGCGCUAUGCAAAGUUUAGGGUUGGAUGCCAAAAAUCCAAUGAUUUUUAGAAUGAUAGCAGAUUUAGAAAAGGACGGUUAUUCAUCUAUAGAUUUUGAAGAAUUUAUGGAAGUCAUCACAUCAAAAUUGGGAAAUAAAGAUACAAGGGAAGGAAUACAACGAAUAUUCAAUUUAUUUGACGAUGAUAAAACGGGAAGUAUUUCUUUAAAGAAUUUAAAAAGAGUUGCUAAAGAAUUAGGAGAAACCUUAACAGAUGAAGAAUUAAGAGAUAUGAUAGAUCGUGCUGACUCAAAAGGAGAAGGAGAAAUUUCCUUUGAGGACUUUUAUACAAUAAUGACCAAAAAAAGCUUCUUAUAA